CUGAGCUGAGCAGAUAUCAUCCAGGUUUGGGUAGUCACACUGGGCAGUGUAAUUUGUGUAAGUGUAGUUUGUUGAGCUAAGGUUAAGUCUUUUAGUUAAGAGUAAGUAGAAGUAAGCUUUUAGUUUAUCUAAGGCUGUAAUCAAGUGUCUUAAUGUUUUUGGUCUUUUAGCCUUGAGAUGAAAACCUUGUCUGUAUCUCUUAGACCCUGAAGUGAAAAAAAUUAUCCAAGUUAUAUUUGUUCAAUAGGGUUUUCUGUCUUUGUAGGAAACCUUAUUUGGUUAGCUUGAAAGAAAAGAAUUGUUCUGGGGUGUUUUGUUUUCUAGUCUUGUGUGGUUUUUUUUUUUUAAAGUGGGUUUCCAACUUGGAAGAGUAUUGUGGUGUAAUCUGAUCUACUAGUUAGUAGUAGUUAAUCCAAGUUUUAGAGAUUUUUAGUUCAGGCUUUUGGCUGAGGGAAAGGAGCAGAGUAAAAAAGGUGAGGAAAUACAAUAGGGAAGAACCUAGAGGAAUAGGAGCAGUCUCAACUUCUGAAAAGGUGUGCUGGACAGGGUGCUGCUACUAAAAGGACUGCAGGUGUAUCUGUGUGUCUGCUGCCAUUCUCUGAAAGUUUCUAGAGGAUGUGGACCAUUGCUCAGUCGCCACCAUCGGUGCUCAGCCUUAUAGCUUCUCAGCUCCUCAGAGCUAAGAUCAAAUAGCCCCUGGAGCUAAAGAAACCCUUGACUCUGGUGUAACUGAUGCUGAUGAGUCUGCAGAUUGCCUGGAACAAUAGCUCUGUGUGGGGUGAAUUUCCUCAAUUGUAUCAAUGCUUUGUGAAUUUCUUUGCCCCCAGCCAACACCAGCCCACCUGGAGAAGACAGAGAAGGGGUAUUGCCUACAGCAACCCAGUCAUGGACUUUGUGUGAGGCAGGAGGAGAACAGUGGAGCCAGCCAAGUGCUUCCACAUAAGCAGUCACUGGGAUAGAUUUUUGUGAAGACAAGCUUGAAGACAUGACCUCAGCGUAACCAAUGCAGGAACGGCUGCCUGAGAGUGUCAACAGCCUGAAAAAGCAGCUCUGUGAAGGGAGCGACAGACAGCAGAAGCAGCUACCGGAACUGGGCUCAAAGCAAAGCACUGGCCCAAAAAUCAAGGGUGUGACACCCAGCAGGGUUGAGACCUCCUGUCCAAGGUGGCCCCAAUCCUUCCUGGGAAGGGUCAGGAGGACUUUGGCCAACUGAAAUCACGUAAGACUGAUUGAUGACCUCAGAGGAGAGACUGGAAUAUUCGAGAAAACAUUCCAAGGCUAGCAGGAGUAUGGGAAACUGCUGAGUCUGGGAAGAGAGAACCAUCUCAGGGCGGACAGAGUCAGGACAUGGCCCAGACAGGAUGUCUCACUGAUGGAAUCUGAAGAAGCCAAUAGGGGAGACCCCAUUCCCCCAGAAACCAGCAGCCCUAGUGAGGAAAACUCUGAUCCUACGCCAGCCAAAAGGGGACAUUAUGCUAUCACUGAGUCUGUAGAGAUGAACACUGAGCUGCCUGGCUCUGCAGAAGGAGCACAGGUCUCCAGUGCCCAGGAUCCUCUGAGGCAUCUCUCUGCUGGGGAAUCAGCAGAGAUGUGUGGCAAAUCCUCUAACUCUGUUCUGUCAGGACUGGAACAAGGGGAGCAAGAUCCAAGGUACCAGAGAGGACUCUCAGAGGGGGAGAAAGAUCCUGCAGUACAAGAGAUAUCUUUGGAAAAAGAGAGAUGGGAUCACUCCUUGAACUCUGAACAGGGAAAAUUAGCUCAUCCUGAAAACAGUCAGUAUUCUUUCUUUCCCAAAACAGUCCCCCAGGUGACAGCCACUCAUGACAAAAACCCGCAGGUACAGUCUCCAGCCCUUCAUAUUGAAUUUCCUCAGGAUCAGAAACAGUCCCUGACAUGUCACACUGCUGUCCCCCAGGCGCAGCAUAAGGAAACCUCAAUGACAGACACUGUUCCCAGCCAGAGGGAACCAGCCACUAAACACUUCCUGGUGUGUAAAGAAGUUUCAGAGGUUCAUUGCAAGACUGAGACUUUGCAUGAUGACACUAUUGGGGAUCCCCCCUUGCAGGGGUUGGAUGUAGCAAAUGGGACCAUCAGAGAGCUCCGACCACGUACUGAAGCAGUGGCAGGGACCGACGAGGAGCCAUCUCCUGAGAUGGAUGCAGCAGGCAGGAUGAAUCCAAUGCCUUCUGUAGAUAAUGAUGAAAAAGUGGGAGGCUUGCAGGGAGGGGGAGAGGAUAGAGACUCUUCCUCUUCACAUCACUCACCCCAUCCCUUAUCGAAUGACAGCCAAGGAAAUUCAUGGCUGACAGGAAGAAAUGCAGAUAGAAAGAUGGUUCUGUCAUCCCAUGAGAGAGGGAACAAUGCCUUGGCCACAGACCAGGAAAUGGAAGUGGCUGCUAGGCAAAGUCCAUCUGGUUCUAUAAACCUCCUUCUGGAGGAGGAGAAAGGAGUGGAUGAUGGAAAAGCAGAAGGCAGCACUGAAUCUCCAAGAGUGUGCAUCUUCCACAUACCGAAUGCUACAAAAAAAACAGAGCAGGAGGAGUGGCAGCAUGAGCAACUAGAAUGGGGGGAGGAGCCAGAAGAGGAGGAGCAGUCAGAACAGAAGCAGCCAGAGCUGGAACAGGAGGAGCCAGAAUGGGAGAAGCAAGAGAAGGAAGCAAAACCAGUGCAGGAGGAGCCAGUAUGGGACAGGGAAGAUCAGAAGGAAAAGAGGUGGGAUGAGCUGGAACAAGAGCCAGGGAGGGAAGAAGCGGAGCUCGAGGCUCCACCACCAGCACUCAAUCCGGCAUCACCUUUUCUCUCCAAGCAAAACUGGGACCUCCGUGAUGAGGGAGGGAGCAUUUCCUCAGCUGAGGGAACAGGGCUGGCCUCUCUGCCCCAAGAAUCAUUCUCCAAAGAUCAGCAUCCCGGUGAGGAUGUACUAUCCAGCAUAGUACUGAAGGCCUGCAUUGGAGGAGCAAGUGUAAGAGCUCAGCUACCUGCUGUGAUAAUGUCCAAAAGUCAGAACCCAGUGGGUGGGAGUUCCAUGAUGCCCUCCCCCACUUACCACAUCUCUGAGCACUGGGGAGACAUGGGCAUUUCUGACCCUUCCAGCUCCAUUUCUUUCAGUGGCCAAGGUUGUGAAGAAACCUGUCAGGAUAACAGAACCAGUAGUGGUGAGGAUGGCCAUAAUGACGGAGAUGGAAGGACAGUCCAGAGUUUUCAUGAUGAUGGAGCGAUAUUUCUAUUAUGCAGAGAAGUAACCUCAUCUGGUACAGGGAACCCAGACUCUUCCAGAACUCUGGACCCUUCUGGUGCCAGAAACUUUGGCUCUUUUGGUCCCGCAGAUCCUCAUCCUGUUGGAGAAAACCCAUUGUUUCCCAGUCAUUACGAUUUCACUCCAGCCUCGCCAGCAGAGCUCAACUCAGCAGCAUCAGCAGCUAGCCCAUCUCAGGAGGAUGCUGAUAAAAGAUCCCAUGAGAGCCCUGUGGGAAGUACUGACCUGGACAAAGCACCAGUCUCUGUGCAGGACACAUCCAGCCAGACUUCUUAUCUGCAGGAGGCAGCUUCUAGUGAAGGAGCAUCAGUGUCCAUCAGCCCAGAGGGUGUUCAGACUCCCCAUGGGCUGCUUACACCUGAGAAGGGCCUUAAUGAAGAGCCUAGUGCCCAACCUUGCAUUUCCAAGGCUUUCAGAAGUCUCCCUCCAAGGCAGAACCUGCCCAAGGACAGAGAUGAAGUAGAAUCUACCCCUGCAGCUCUAGCUACAAUGCACCUGGAGUCAUCACAAGCACCAGACAUGGCUCUCGGUCCCCCAAAUUACCUGGAGAAAGUCCAGAGGCACCAAAAGCCCCCAACGAGUUUUGUUUUCCAGGGAAAGGAAAUGGAAGCAAACAUGGCUCACACAGCACAACAAAACCCUUUACUUGAUGAGUCACAUUUGAGUUUAGAGGUGGAAGUUCCAGGAACAGGAAGUGCCCUUAAGGCUGUACUCCAGGCCCCAGAAGAAGUGGUAGUCUUUGCCUGGGAGCAGAACACACAGCCUCCUCCUCCUGAGUCUGACUCCAGCUCACCCCUGGCCCCUGCGCCUGAUGCUGACCAACUCAACCACCCUCCUGUGCCUGCACCCGACUCACCCCUGGCCCCUGAGCCUGAUGCUGAUCAGCUCAACCACCCUCCUGCGCCUGACUCCAGCUCGCCCCUGGCCCCUGCGCCUGAUGCUGACCAGCUCAACCACCCUCCUGCACCUGACUCCAGCUCAUCCCUGGCCCCUGAGCCUGAUGCUGAUCAGCUCAACCACCCUCCUGCGCCUGCACCCGACUCACCCCUGGCCCCUGAGCCUGAUGCUGACCAGCUCAACCACCCUCUUGCGCCUGACUCCAGCUCGCCCCUGGCCCCUGCGCCUGAUGCUGACCAGCUCAACCACCCUCCUGCGCCUGCACCCGACUCACCCCUGGCCCCUGAGCCUGAUGCUGAUCAGCUCAACCACCCUCCUGCGCCUGACUCCAGCUCGCCCCUGGCCCCUGCGCCUGAUGCUGACCAGCUCAACCACCCUCCUGCACCUGACUCCAGCUCACCCCUGGCCCCUGAGCCUGAUGCUGAUCAGCUCAACCACCCUCCUGCGCCUGCACCCAACUCACCCCUGGCCCCUGAGCCUGAUGCUGACCAGCUCAACCACCCUCUUGCGUCUGACUCCAGCUCGCCCCUGGCCCCUGCACCUGAUGCUGACCAGCUCAACCACCCUCCUGCGCCUGCACCCGACUCACCCCUGGCCCCUGAGCCUGAUGCUGAUCAGCUCAACCACCCUCCUGCGCCUGAUGCUGACCAGCUCAACCACCCUCCUGCGCCUGCACCCAACUCACCCCUGGCCCCUGCGCCUGAUGCCACCCAGCUCGCCCACAGUCUAGCUCCUGCGCCCAGCUCACCUCUGCCCCCUGUGCCUGAUGCCACCCACUUCACCCACCCUUUGGUGCCUGCUCCUGGCUCACCCCUGGCUCCUCUAGCUGAUGCCAACCAGCUCACCCAUCCUCCGGCACCUGCUCCUGGCUCACCCCUGGCUCCUGUGCCUGACGCCAACCAGCUCACCCACCCUCCGGCUUCUGCGCCCAGCUCACCCCUGGCUCCUCUGGCUGAUGCCAACCAGCUCGCCCACUCUCUGGUGCCUGCACCUGGCUCACCCCUGGCUUCUGCACCUGAUGCCGACCAGCUUCUCCAGUCUCAAUCCCUUGUGCCCAACUCCAACCAGCUUCUAGCCCCUGCACCUGAUAUUGAUCAGCCUCUGCCUCCUGUAUCUAACUCCAACCCACCUCUAAACUGUGUACCAGACUUUAGUCAAUUACUGGCUGCUGCCCCCAAUUCCAGCUGCCCUACCCAGGCUCCAGCCUCUGUGCCUGAUGCUGACAGCCUUGCUCAUGCUCUGGUCCCUGCCCCUGCUGUGGAAGAUGGAGAAGAGAACCCCCUCCUAAUGCAGAUGACCCAUGAGGGAGUGUCUGGUGCCCAGUGGGAUCCGGUCAUCUCACUUACACCAGAUGUUGUGGACACCAGUGACUCAGGGGUCACUUCAUUGGCAGAGAGCUCAGAUUUUCCCACUUUGGAGAAUGAGGCACCCAUGGGCCACUCUAACAGCAGCCCUGGAGCAAUGGGUCAGCACCUGGCUACAAACUGUGGAAAGGCCACACCUGACUGCACCUCCAGGCCCUCCUUGGGAGGGUGGGGAACACCCACAGACUCUCAGAGUAGAAAUUCAGCACAGCCACCCACCCUGCUAGCUUUCUCCAACCCACUCCACUUCCUGCAGUUCAGCCCUCCCUCGCCACCAGCCAUCAGAACACUGUACCAACAGGAGGCAGUCUUUGAGGAGCCCCAGUGGGACCAGGCACAGGGAGGCCCCACCAGCAUGGAUACAAAGAACAUAACAGCCCCUGCAGUGAUGAUAGAGAAAGCAGAGGGCUCUAGGACAUGCAAGCAAAGGAUGGAAGGGCAGAGAGAACCGCUUCACCUUGUGGCACAGGUGAAAGAGGAGGUGGCCAGACAUGCACGCUUGGAGAAGUCAUCAAGUUGGCCAGAUAAAAAAGUCAUUAGGGUGGGCAUGAAGGAGCUGGGACUCAAUUCAGUGAGUCAGGAGAACAUGAUCAAAUGCAGAGCAAAAAGCAAAGACUGGCACCGGCAGGCCCUGAGGAAGAUGUCAGUACUGCCAGACAACUUACAAGAGGAGGGAGGACACAAGGAUCAGCCAACCAGCUCAGAUACAGUUAUACUUCGGGAGAAGAAAUCUGCAGACACACUGGAGAAUCUCAAGCGCCGACACUCCAAAUUGAUCAACUCCUCAAGGUUACUCUAUCAGGAAUACAGCGACGUGGCUCUGAACAAGGCAAUCCAGAGCCAGAAGAGAGCGGAUUCUUUGGCCGAGGACUUCGAACUGAGUUCUCCAAGCUCCCCGAGGCUACGGAGGAAAGUGCUGUCUCCGCAGGACUCGUAUCUGCAACGUCUCUCGGUCUCAUCCACCGCGUCCCUCUGGCAGGACAUCCCCAUGAUCCGAGGAAGCAGAAUGCUGCUGAACAUGUCCCGAGAUGAUCAGAAACUGCAGGAGGCCAAGUUCGAGUUGAUCAUGUCAGAGGCCUCAUACUUGCGCAGUUUAAAUGUGGCAGUGGAUCACUUCCAGCGCUCAUCAGAACUCCAGGCACUCCUCACCAAUCAGGAGCGCAAGUGGCUUUUCUCCCGCCUGCAGGAAGUGCGUGAUGUCAGUGCCAGUUUCCUCUUCGACCUGGAGGAAAAGUUUGAGGAAAACAUGUUCACCUUCAACGUGUGUGACGUGGCUCUGAGACAUGCUCCUGAAUUCCGCAAGGUGUAUCUGCCAUACGUGACAAAUCAGACCUACCAGGACCAGAUUUUCCAGAGGCUCCUGACUGAGAAUGCAAGGUUCCAGCAAGUCCUGGAGAGACUGGAAAGCGCCACCGUAUGCCAGCGCCUCUCCCUCAAAUCCUUCCUCAUUCUCCCCUUCCAACGCAUCACCCGACUCAAACUCCUCCUACAGAAUAUACUGAAGAGAACCCCGCCCGAGUCGGAUGAAGAAGUGCAGGCCACGCAGGCUUAUGAUGCACUGGAGAAGCUCAUAAAGGACUGCAAUGAAAAUGUCCAGCGCAUGAAGAGCACUGAGGAGUUGAUCUACCUAAGCCAAAAGAUUGAUUUUGAGUGCAAGAUAUUCCCACUGGUCUCACAGUCAAGGCGGCUGGUGAAAUGUGGUGAGCUGAUGGCAUUGGACUACACCACUCAGAGCCCCAAGUGGAAACUCAGCACCCGCCCCAUCUACCUGCAUCUCUUCAAUGACCGCCUGCUCCUAUCCCGGCCCAGGGAGGGUGGGCGCUUUGUCGUGUUUGAUCAUGCUGCAUUUUCAGAUGUACGAGGGGAGAAGUGUGAGGUGAAGCUGCACGGGACAAACAAAAAUGUUUUCCGCCUUUUUCUCCUUAAGAACAACCAGGGGAAAAGAGUGGAAUUCCUCUUUCGCACAGAAACACACAGUGAGAAGCUGCGGUGGAUCUCCGCUUUGGCGCCACCACGAGGCGAACCAGAUCUCUUAGAAAGCCCUGACUCACCUCAGGUUCAGUGCAUACGGACAUACAAAGCUCGGGAGAAUGACGAGCUGGCCCUGGAGAAAGCAGAUAUAAUCAUGGUGAUGCAGAACAGCAAUGACGGUUGGAUGGAAGGAGUGAAACUCUCAGAUGGAGAAAGAGGCUGGUUUCCCUCAGAGCAUGUGGAAAUGAUCUCCAGCAAACAUGCACGCCAGAUGAACCUGAAGGAGGAACAGCGUGUGAAGAAUGCCAAACAGCAGGUCUUCUGCAAGAAAUAGGACGCUCCAAUUCCUGUUGCACACUGUAUAGUCUUUCCGGUAUGGAGAAACCUGACUUAAGAAUCCUUCUCUACACCACAUUCUGGAAGAAACAACUCUUCAGAAAUAAAAAACGAGCACUUAGUACUGUCAGACAAAGUGCUGCUACUAAAGGAAGCAGGAAUUCAGCCAGGAGUAAAUAUAUUCACUUCUACUGCCUCUGUAGUCAUGGUGAGACCAAGGAAGAAAAGAAGCUGCAUAUAUUGCUUGCUUUGUAGUAGUAGGGAGGGAACAUAUGAGAGCAGAGGACUGGGACUCAGGACUCUUGGAAAUCUAUGCCUGAUUUUGCCACUGACAAAAUGCAUGACCUUGGGCAAGUCACUUCAGAACUCUGCCUCAGUUUCCCCAUCUGUAAAACGGGAAUAAUACUUACCUACCUCACGGGAUGUUGUGAGGCUAAAUUCAUUCAUAUUUGUAAAGCGCUUUGAGUUCCUGAGAAGAAAGGCACUAUAGACGUGUAAAGCACUCUGUAGUUAAGGUCAAGAAGAGCUUUUCAUUUCAACCUCUUCUUAGGGUUCUUUAAGUGGUUUUAAUUUCCACAUAUUUUCCAUUUAAGAAUAAUAUAUAAUGGGCCAAAUUUUCUGUUGAUGUAAGUGGAUACAAUUCCAUUGACUUCAAAGGAGUUCUGCACUGUUAUACCAGCUGAGUUUAAACCAGAGUCUCAGCAAAAGAUAAGUUUUAGCUAGUAUGAGAAAAAUUCAUUUGAGUUAGGUGAGCAUGGGGGAAAUACAUUUUUCCAUCUAAAAUGUUUUUCAGAUCUUUUGGCAAUUUUUUUUUUUUUAAACAUUAGUGAUUUUUGGGCGCUCAACCUGAAAUACCUUGAAGGAGCCUGAUUUUCAGGAAGUUCUGGUCACCUGCCUUUGGAAAACAGUGUCCCAUAAUCUCCAGUCACUUUUGAAACUCUUGACCAAGGUUUUGUUUUACAUGUUGGCAUAUGCUCUGUAAUUAAAUUUAGUUGUUUUUGAACGGCAGGAAAGUAGAACUGCCCUGCGUAUGCCUAAUCUAUUAUAGCAGAUGUGAUGCAACAUGCAACAUUUUGCACAAUUAUAAAACAUAAGGAAAUCUAUAAACCAUAGAUAUUUUUAAGCAAAACCUGUAACUGCAGUUUGUUGAGGUUCCAUUUCUGUGCAAAGUCAUCUGGUUUUUAAGUGAAGCUUAUGUGCAGAAUCUGCCCACUGGAAAACAUUGCUUCAACUUUAAAAUAUUUUUCCUUCUGUAUUAAACAAAGGAGGGUUUUUGCAUGUAAUUAUGCUAAGACAACAUCAAGGUUGAGAAUUUAAACACACAAAAGUACGAAAGCAACACAUGUAGCCUUCUUACUUUUAAUGUAUUUGAAGAAUUAUUGACCUUUGUAUCUCUGGAUCUUUGUAAUAUCCUUUUGAUUUCCCAUUUAUAUUGUAUGUGGCAUAGUUUGUUCCAGCCUAUUUAUGCCAGUCAUUUGAGCUGGAUUUUUUUUUUGGACCUAAUAAACUUAUGCACUUCUGCAGUUAGGAUAUACAAAUUUACCUGUUAUGUUUCAGUUAGUUAAUCUUUUCAUAGGAACACAAGCUUUGUGCCUGUAACAGCUGCGAACAUUUGAACACUCCCAUCACCCCCAAAAACCAGAACUAUUUUUUCAUAUACAACUACCCUCCCACAACAUUUCAGACUUAGCUUUUUUUCCUCUGCAUUGACAUCUUUCGUCACUUCUACAGCAGCCAUGACAUAGAACAUUAUGUGGUGCGAUUAUACUCAGAAUGAGACGACUGCCCUUGUAACCUCCAUACCACAUGCAUCAUCUGUCACCAGUCAUCUGAAUACCAAGGUGACCUGGGAGGAUGACGUACUGAGAGAGGAUACUUAGUAUCCACCGUACUGAGACUGAAGGACAGGAUGGUUAUGAUGUCCUGCUCGCCAUGCAAAAGACUGGUCCUCUGACUGCACAGUGCUUCCUUAGAGAGACCUAAAACUGAGCCUGGGUCCACUUUUAACAGCUGAAAGCAGUGCUCGGAAAGGGGGUAAAUGCGAGUCCUAACUUCAAACUGAAGGUAAUGACAGACUAACAAAGGUAAUCCUCAGCCACCCACCUAAACUUCUGUCAUAGUCCAAAUACAAGAUUCCAAACUUCAUGCAUACAUGGUACAAAUGAAAUCAUCUGGGACAAACUCAUGGUUGUCAUGAGUUCCUGAGUCACCUUUAUGGAGUGCAUAAAUCUUUGAAGUCACUCAAGAGAAUAAGCCUUCAUGAGAACUCUCGAGGCAAUCUGAGAUUCAAUUGUGCAGCAUGCACAUCACAGCGAUUUCAACUUUAACCUUGUCCCAGGAAUGCAAAGUUAUCCAGUCUGUUUCUGAGGGGGGAAGGUUGUAGGAACAUAGGAAUUGCCAUGUGAGACCAGACCCACGAUCCAUCUAGUGCAGUACCCUGUCUGACAGUGAUUAGUACCAGAUACUUCAGAGAAAGAUACAAGAAACCCUGCAACAAGAAACUGUGAAACAAAUCUCUCCAUAGGGACAGUUCAUUUGUUACCUCUAGCAGGUAAAGAUUGGCAUAAACCUCUAAGCAUGAGGCUUACCCUUUCUAAAAAAAUAAAGUU